UGCUGUGUGAGAGGAAACUCAGAGAAACUGAUGUUUGGGAGAGGGACUCAGCUGAAUGUUGAAUCAGGGGAGGAAUUCUUACCGUCCUACUACAAACUGUCAGAUGGUAACACCACCGCAUGCCUGGCCACUGGUUUCAGCAGAUACAACGCAACGGAGAAACAUGAAACCUAUGGAAGCAACUUCAGUAAGACAGAGGCCGUUCGGAUCUCAGAGGACUCUCUGUACAACAGCGUGAUUCUGUUUGUAAAGGCUGAAGACGGAGACAAAUGUGAAGAAGAUACAAAAGGGGAAACUGGGUCUGUUCAGUGUGGAGACAUUUUGGAACCAGGUGUGACUGUGAACACAGUGUCUCUGACCAUCCUGUGCCUCAGACUGCUCUUCCUCAAGACCGUCGUCUUCAACGUCCUGAUGACUCUGCGGCUGUGGAUCAGUCAGUGAACACAAAAAGACGACGAUGACGAGUUGGCAAACGACUUUCUGAACACGGAAACAUCGAGUCACUGAGCAGCACUGUGCCUCUAUCAUGUAUAAUAACAUGUAAAUAUCAUAUGAGCUGUUCAUCAUACACCUGUUAACAUCAUCUCUCUGUGUGACACAAGUUUUCCUGUGAUUUUCUUGAUUUUUUGCGUCUUAUUAUCGGCGAUGCUGUUUUGAUGAUGGAGUUUUUCCUCUUUCUGUCCUGCUGAUGUAAAUAUCACACUGAUCGUCCUGCUUUCACUGAAAAACAGCUGUGAGACAUUUCCUGUGUGACGUUACAAUAAACCCUGAACAACAGA